AUGGCUCCAUCAUUGUCAACACUCCUUAGUUCCAACACAUGGAAUGUCAAGAAUUUUGUUGUAAAUGAAGGCCAUGGAGUGAAAGGUCUUGCAGAUAUGGGAAUUCAGACUCUACCUAAGCAAUAUAUUCAACCACUCGAAGAACGAAUUUACGUGAGCAAUGUUAAGUUGGCUGAAGAACUAUCUAUACCAGUCAUUGAUAUGUCAAACUUCAAUGAUCCAAAAGCGGCGAAUUCGAUAUGCAAUGCAGCAGAGGAAUGGGGCUUUUUUCAGAUUGUCAAUCAUGGAAUUCCAAUUCAAGUAUUUGAGAAUGUUAAGGAUGCUACACAUAGGUUCUUUGCUUUGCCUGCUGAAGAAAAGAGAAAGUACUCAAAAGAUUACUCUUCUACAAAUAAUGUUCGUUUUGGGACAAGCUUUACUCCUCAAGCUGAAAAGGCUUUAGAGUGGAAAGAUUACCUUAGCCUCUUCUAUGUUUCUGAUGAAGAAGCUGCUGAUUUUUGGCCUCCUGCUUGCAGAGAUGAAGCACUUCAAUUCAUGAAAAAGGCAGAGCUUGUGAUCAAAAGAUUGAUGGAAGCAUUAAUGAAAGGACUAAAUGUGAAAGAGAUUGAUGAAGCUAAAGAAUCACUUCUAAUGGGUUCAAAGAGGAUCAACCUUAACUACUAUCCUAAAUGUCCGAAUCCUGAACUUACUGUCGGGGUAGGGCGUCACUCUGAUGUCUCAACUUUAACCAUUUUGCUUCAGGACAAUAUCGGAGGACUUUACGUGCGAAAACUAGACAAUGAUAGUACUUGGCUUUCUGUCCCUCCGAUUAAUGGAGCGCUUGUUAUUAAUGUUGGCGAUGCGCUUCAAAUUCUGAGCAAUGGUCGAUACAAGAGUAUCGAACAUCGUGUUGUUGCUAAUGGAAGCAACAACAGAGUUUCAGUGCCAAUUUUUGUGAAUCCUAAGCCAAAUGAUGUUAUUGGUCCUUUACAAGAAGUGUUGGAAAGUGGUGAAAAGCCAGCUUAUAAGCAAGUUCUUUACUCGGAUUAUGUCAAGCAUUUCUUCAGGAAAGCUCAUGAUGGGAAGGACACUGUUGAUUUUGCAAAGAUAUGAGAUA